AACGGGAACCGGGGGGAACCGGGAGAGAACGGGAACUGGGACAGAACGGGGAGAACUGGGGGGGACCGGGAGAGAACGGGAAUGUGGCGGGGACCGGGGGGAAACUGGGAGAGAACGGGGGAAAUCGGGACAGAAGGGGAACGGGGGGGAACUGGGAGAGAACGUGAACCGGGACAGAACGGGGGGGAACAGGGACAGAACGGGAACCGGGGGAACCGGGACAGAAUGGGAGGAACCGGGACAGAACAGGAACAGGGAGAGAAUGGGAGGAACCGGGACAGAGCAGGGACCUUGGGAUGGAACUGGGACCUACUGGGAGCCGGGGUGUGAGACUGGGAUUGAGCAGAACCCCAGGGUGGAGCUGGAACAGAACGGAAACCGGGAGAGAACGGGAACCUCGGGACAGAGCCGGAUCCCCGGUGUGGAACUGGGACAGAACGGGACCCUGGGGUGGAACUGGGAGGGAACUGGGACCUACUGGGACCUUUAUUGUGGGAUUGGAACCCCAGGGAUGGAACCGGGAGAGAACGGGAGCGGCGGGAUGGAGCGGGGCCUGGCGGGACCCUCGGUGUGGAGCCGGGAUGGAACGGAGCCCCAGGGUGGGACUGGGACCGACUGGGAGCCCGGGUGGGGAACCAGGACACCCCGGAGCCCCAGCUGGGAACUGGGACGUGCUGGGAGCCUCAGAGUGGAACUGGGACGUGCUGGGAGCCCUGGGAGACGCGGGCAGGACGAGCCCGGCAUGGAGGAGGAGAGCCCGGUAGGUGCCACCCGCUGUGCCCCCGGGGCUGAACGGGGCACGGGCACCCCCACGGGCACCGCGGCCCGGCCCCCGCGCCAGGAGGAGGAGGAAGAGGAGGAGGAGGAAGAUGAUGAGGAGAGUGACACGGACGUGGCCGGUGACACCGAGGACAUCCUGCUGCUGGCAGGGGCGGUCCCGCGACAGCAGCGGCGACAGCAGCGCCCCGCCAGGGAGGAUGAGGACGGCUGGGACGCCACCGCCACUGUCCCCACUGCCGGCGCUGCCAGCCCGGAGGCGCGCAGCCCGGAUCUCUUCGAGCGCCUGCAGCACGCCGUGAGCUCCCUGGAGCGCGCCGCCUUCUCCCGCCACCGGCAGCCCCCGGCGUGGCCACGGCCCGCCCCGGCGUGGCACCGGGCGCUCCAGAGCCUGCAGGAGCUGAGCCAGACGCCUGGCUGGGCGCACCGCUGCUGGCCGGAGGCGGCGGCGGGACCGGGGCUACCGGCGGAGGUGGCGGCGGCGGCGGCGAGGAACGCGAGCCUGCGGGCAGCCCUGGGCCAGCGGGACGAGGAGCUGGGCCAGGCCACGGCCGCUCUGCGGGCGCUGCGGGGCGAGCGGGAGCGCCUGCAGGGCAAGGUGCGGGACCUGCGGGAGGCGCUGGCCAGGCUGGAGGAGCCGGGGGAGUCUGGCAGUGACACCCCCGGGGUCGGUGACACCGCCGGGACUGGCGACACCCCCGGAGUCAGUGACAACCCCGGGGUCGGUGACACCCCCGGGCCCAGCAGCCCCCCGGGGCACCGGCCCCGCGCCCCGCUGUCCCCCCAGCCCUCGGCGGGCCCCGGCCGGGAGCAGGAGGAGCGGCUGCAGCAGCUGCAGGGGGUGCUGGCGCGGCUGCAGGAGGCGAACCGGGAGCUGCUGGCGGCGCUGGGCGAGUGCAAGGGCGAGGCGGAGCGGCUGAGCAUGGAGCUGGGGCGGCGGGAGGCGCGCUGCAGCGGGCUGGGGCUGGCGCUGCGCUGCAGCGAGCGCUGCGGGGGGGCCUACGCCGCCCUCCUGGACCUGGUGCGGGCAAAGGUGGCAUCGGAGGGUGGCACCCGUGGGGUGCCCCCCACACCCCCCUGCGGGCACCCGUGGGCAGCGGCACCGCCCGCACCGGGAACCGGCCCCGCCACAGCGGAACCGAGCCCGGGCCGCGCACCGGGAACCGGCCCCGCCACACCGGAACCGAGCCCGGGCCGCGCACCGGGAACCGGCCCCACCACAGCGGAACCGAGCCCGGGUCGUGCACCGGGACCCGGCCCCGCCACACCGGAACCGAGUCCGGGCCGUGCACCGGGACCCGGCCCCGCCACAGCGGAACCGAGCUCAGACCGCACACCGGGACCCGGCCCCGCCACACCGAAACCGAGCUCAGACCACGCACCGGGAACCGGCCCCGCCACAGCGGAGCCCCCGGGGCCAGCGGAGGCGGACAGCCGCGAGGACCCCGCGGCCAGCCCCGGGGCUCCCAGCCCCCGCGGGGUGACGGAGGAGGCGGCGCUGCGGGAACUCAUCCGGCGGCUCCGCGCCGAGCAGGCGGCGGUGGAGGGGUCGCUGCUGGACGCCGCCGAGCCCUCGGAGCCCCCCCGGGAGCGCGACCCCCGGGGCCGGGCGGAGCGGGCGCUGCGGGAAGCGCGGGCGCUGCUGCCCGGCUGGAGGCGGCCGGAGAAGGAGGAGCUGCUGCAGGAGCUGGCGGUGCUCAAGGAGGCGCUGGCGGAGCUGCGGACGCGGCUGCAGCUGGCGCAGAAGGAGAAGCGAGCCCUGGAGCUGCUGCUGGCCGCGCACGGGCCCCGCGAGGCCGCGCUGCGCCUCCUGCUGCGGGAGCGGCACCGGGAGCGGCACCGGGAGCGGCACCGGGAGCGGCACCGGGAGCCGGACGGGCGGGACGGAGCCUCCGGCACCUCCGGCAGCAGCUCCGGCGGCAGCUCCGGCAGCAGCUCCGAGGAGGAGGCGCGGCUGGGGCGGGGGGCAGCGAUGGCCCCGGGGAACCCCCCGGACCCGCAGAGAACGAGGGAGGAGCUGCUCCGGAUCCGGGCCAGGACGGAGCAGCUGCGCGGCCGUGCCCGGGAGCUGGCGCUGGCCCUGGAGCGGGGCAGCGCUGCCAGCCGUGCCCAGCAGGGCCACAGCGCCACCGUCACCUCCGAGCUCCUCCAGGCGCACAGGUGGGCACCGGGACCGGGUCCCCUGCGUGUCCUGCAUGUCCCUGGGUCCCCUCGGUGUCCUGAGUGUCCCCUGGGUGUCCUGCAUGUCCCUGGGUGUCCUGGGUCCCCUGUGUCACCUGGGUGUCCUGGGGGUCCUGAGUGUCGCUGGGUGUCCUGCAUGUCCCUGUGUCCCCUGGGUGUCCUGAGGGUCCUGAGUGUCCCUGGGUGCCCUGGGUGUCCUGCAUGUCCCUGUGUCACCUGGGUGUCUCAGGUCUCCUGGGGGUCCUGAGGGUCCUGGGUCCCCUGGUGUUCUGGGUGUCCUGAGUGUCCCCUGGGUGUUCUGGGUGUCCUGAGUGUCCCCUGGGUGUCCUGCAUGUCCCUGGGUCCCCUGAGUGUCCCGAGGAUUCUGAGUGUCCUGAGGGUCCUGGGUCCCCUGGUGUCCUGGGUGUUCUGGGUGUCCUGAGUGUCCCUGGGUGUCCUGAGUGUCCUCUGGGUGUCCUGAGUGUCCCUGGGUGUUCUGAGUGUCCCCUGGGGGUCCUGAGUGUCCCUGGGUCCCCUGGCGGUCCUGGGGGUCCUGAGUGUCCCUGGGUGUCCUGGGUCCCCUCUGUGUCUUGAGGGUCCUGGGUGUCCUGGGUGUCCUGCAUGUCCCUGUGUCCCCUGGGUGUGCCGGGUGUCCUGGGGGUCCUGAGGGUCCUGAGUGUCCCUGGGUGUCCUGCAUGUCCCUGUGUCCCCUGGGUGUCCUGAGUUUUCUGGGUGUCCUGUGUCCCCUGGGUGUCCUGCGUGUCCCUGGAUGUCGUGGGUCCCCUGUGUCCCCUGGGGGUCCUGCAUGUCCCUGUGUCCCCUGUGUCCCCUGGGUGUUCCGGGUGUCCUGGGGGUCCUGAGGGUCCUGAGUGUCCCUGGGUGUCCUGCAUAUCCCUGUGUCCCCUGGGUGUCCUGAGUGUCCUGCAUGUCCCUCUGUCCCCUGUGUCCCCUGGGUGUCCUGCAUGUCCCUGUGUCCCCUGGGUGUCCUGAGGGUCCUGAGUGUCCCUGGGUCCCCUGGGUCCCCUCAGUCCCCCUGACUCCCCUUGGUUCCCUGCACUUCUGGAAGCCCUGACUCCCCUCAUUCCCCUGGCCCCCAAAACCCCCAGCUCCCCCAAAUCCCCUGACUCCCUAAACCCCCAAACCCCCUGCUCCCCCGAAUCCUCCCGUCUCCCCCCGAGCCCCGGUGAUGUCCCGGUGCUGUCCCGGUGCUGUCCCGGUGCUGUC